CACAUAAAGGCCUGUAGUGUUCUCCAAAUUUCUAGUAACACAUCCACAUCCAUAAUCAGGGAGGCUGUCUCUAAAUAGAGUAGGAACGCCUCAUGCUAAAAUGUAUUUCAUUUUCUCCCUUCCAGAUCUUCCCUCGUGGCCAUGAAGGUACUCAUCUGCCAAGACCUCAGCGUCCUGGAGCUGCCUUUGGACGAGUGAACUAACCCUUCUGACCAUCUACAUUAAUUUGCCUUUGCUUGCUUCUACCACACACACACACACACACUCACACACACACGCCCAUCCACCUCCACCACCAUCAGGAGACAAUGGACAGCCAUCCGAAACUGUCUGGGGAGACCCUCAUUGUUCACCACAUCCCUCUGGUGCACUGCCAGGUGUCCGGAGGCCGGCAGUGCUGCGGCUCACUGAAGAGGGGGAACCCCUUCAGCCCCCCCGAGAACCUGGGCCUGAGCCGCACCACGUCCUUGCCGGAGCGCGACGUCCUGCAGCACGAGCCACUGGUCUACAGCAGCCUGAUCCAGACCUCCGGCAGCAGCCUGAGCUCCAGUGACACGGGGCCAGGGGAGGGAGGGAAGGACUGGAGGCAGGAAGGAGGAGGGGGACAAGGAGGUGAAGGAAGAGCAGGAGGAGGAGGAGAGGGUAGUGGUGGGAGUAUGACCAGUGAUGCUUCUUUCACGUCAAGCAACUCUGAGGACCCGCCUACCAUCCGGUACGAGGGCUCUGGCUUCAAGCACAGGGACAGGGGCAACCACUUGCGCCACAACCCCUUCCUCCUGAACAGGGAGGAGGAAGAGGAGGAGGAGGAUGACGAUGGGGACAACCUGAACGGCUACCUAGAGGAUUCGUCCUUCCACCUGCAUGGUAGCACCAAUGAUGCACUUAACAAUGAGACAGGGGUGUCUUCCUUCCACCUUCAUGAGGUUGACUACCACCCUGAGCCUUUCCUGUUGCACGGCAACCAGGGCAAGCCUUGGUACUCCUCUGGAGGCCCCAGGAGGCUGACCCAGAGCAGUGAUGGGUGCCAGGGAGGGAGCAUCGAGCUCACCUCUGGCCUGGACAGUCUGGGUCUCCGCAGAUUGGGCAGCCAGCGUCGCCACGGCAGCAGCGGCUCUACCCUGUCCAUGGACUGCGGGGAGCACGAGUGGGGAGAGGAUGAUGAAGACGAGGAGGAGGAGGACGAAGAUCAGCCCAUGAGGAGCGGGCGCGGGAGCCAGGGCGGCAGCUCCAGUGGGUGCAGCUCAGCCCAGCGGUGCUCCUGCUGCAGUCUCUGCCAGCCCUACCCGGAGCCCUUCACCGAGGCCUUCCCUGACUGUCCGCUGGGCUACGGCAGCGACUCCUCCUGCAACAGCUCAGACGGUGUGCUGGUGAACUUCAGCACCAUCUACAACAAGAUGAACAACGUGGUGCCCGCCACCAAAGCCCACCCGAACCUCAACAGCUCCACAGAGCAGUCCUGCACCUCCUCGGUGCCGGAGCCGCCGGGUGGAAUUUGUGUCCGGGCAGAGUGCACCCGUGGCAGUGGGGCCUUCUACCUGGAUCUCCACACCUCACCCACAGAUCCCCCUGAAGCAGCCCAUGUGGGGAGCGCCCCUGCCCCCCUAGACCCGGCCAAGUCCACCUCAUCCUGUAGCUGCCUCACCCUGUCCCAGCAGCAGGACACCAUGGAGCUGGAUGCCAACUGCAACUCCUACAACCACCUCCACCACCAUGGCGGCGAGGAUGCUCAGUCUGCGGAGGCCUUUGCUGGUGAUGGCACCACCCAGCACCAGAGCGAAGCCAGGCUGGUGGUGGCGGCCACUCAGAACUACUACAAGUUGGUUAACUGUGACCUUUCCUCACAGUCGUCUCCCAGCCCUGCCGGCUCCUCUAUCACGAGCUGCUCGGAUGAGCACAGCAAAGGCAGCCCUACCCAGCCCUCUGAGUAUUACCUCUUCAGGCGGCAUGAGGAGGAGGAUGGAGAGGAGGAUGGAGAGGAGGAGGGAGAGGAUGAGUUCAGUCUGUCCCAGGGGGAGUCUGAGGAGAAGAAGCAGCAGAAGCUGGGUACAUCAGCCUCCGACCAAAACAUCAUCGAGGGGCAGGUGCACGUAAACAUCUCGCCCCCCCUCGGUCACCUGGCAGGUGGGGCCCAGGGACGCCCACGCUCCCGAAGCUACGACCGCAACCUAGACAAGUCGCCGACGUCUCGCCUGGGCUCCCUGGAGCGCAUGCUCAGCUGCCCCGUGCGUCUGAGCGAAGGCGCCGCGCUCAGCCCUGCCCCUCCGCCCCGUGUCACCUCGUUUGCCGAGAUCGCACGCAACAAGAGGAGGACCGUACCUUGCCUGAGGACGGGGACAGAGGCCUCCACAGCGCACUCCACCCACUCCCAGUCUUCGGGUGAAUUCUCACCCAUUCUGGGUCAAAGCCACAGCCUGCCGCCCCUCACCCACUGCUGCAGCCAGGGCACUUCCCCACCUGGCCAUCGGGGCGGCACACUGAGGGAGUCCCCUGGAGCAGCAGGGCGAGAGCCUCGCACCAAAGCUGAAGGAGGUUUGUCCUCCUCCACAGACGGCUCCCCUGUGGUGAUGCGCUACAGCAAGGAUCAGAGGCCGACCACGCUGCCCAUCCAGCCCUUCACCUUCCAGCACCAGUUCCAGAAGUCCCAGAAGCCCCUGCUGCCGCUGAUCAGCGGGUACGUCAGCCACAUGCAUGCGCGUGGCGCCGCUGCUCCCCCGGAGGGCGGUGAGGACGAGCCGCGCGAAGAGCGCAAGCACCCCCGGUACCAGCCCCUGGCCGAGGCGCCCACCUCUGUCAGGCCCUCCCCGCUUGGAAGCUACUCGCCUGUGCGGCUGCAGGGAGCCCCCAGCGUCAGCAGCUGCUCCACCUGCAGCCCCAGCCCCGAGCCUGGUGGUGCUGCUGUUGGCCGGAGCAGGCCCCCACGCAGCCUCUCCUGCCCCAUCUCUGCCAGCCUGCUGCCUACCACCCUCAGCCACAGUCCCCCCGGCGGUGCUGCAGACACCCAUGCCAAACUUACACCCUUACCAACUACCCCUCCCCCACCACCCGUGGCGAAGAAGAGCCCAGUGCCCGCAGGCUCUCUGCACGACCGGCCGGGUGUCUGCCUCCAUCGCACCAACCUGCCUCCCCUGCCGGCUCUGCCCUCUCUGCCCAACUCUGGCAUUGGCACGCUGGAGUCCCUGGAGAGGAAUCAGCAUGAGGGCGUCAAGAAUAUCAUGCCAGGAUUUGGAGCUGCCCGCCCAGCCAAUGCGCACCACCUCUCCCCCCAGGCGCUGAAGUGGAGGGAGUAUCGCCGUCAGAAUCCCCUGGGGUUGGAGAGGGGGCCGUCCGGCACACCCGCCCCCCUGGCCGGCAGCCUAGACACCAGGAGGGGGUGCGGCGGCGGCGGUCGCCUGACCCGCCGAAAUGUCUUUGAUUUCCCCCCAGCCGCUCACACCCUGAGCCGACUAAAUGCUCACUCGAUGAGGCACUUCCAGCAGUGCUACAGCGACUUCCUCCCUGAUUACUUCUCUCAGACGGAACGCCCUCCUGAAGAGUUCUGUCUGUCUCCAGACGCGUCUUCUGACGAGUCUUCCAUCUCUAUAGACCUUCUGCAAAAGAGAGGUCUGGUGAAGGCUGUUAACACUGCAGUAGAUCUUAUUGUGGCACAUUUCGGAACAAGCCGGGACCCAGGAGUGAAGGCCAAACUGGGGAACAGCUCCGUCAGCCCUAACGUUGGACACCUGAUCCUGAAGUACCUGUGUCCAGCCAUCCGAGAGAUUCUCCAGGACGGACUGAGAUCCUACAUGCUGGACCUGAUCAUCGGGCAGUGCCGGAACCAGCCGUGGAGUGUGGUGGAGGCCUCAACCCAGCUGGGACCCUCCACGCGACUGCUGCACAUCCUCUUCACCAAAGUCAGCCAGUACUCGGAGCUCACCAGUCACAGCAUGAGGCUCAAUGCAUUCAUCUUUGGCCUUCUGAACUUGAGAUCUCUGGAAUUCUGGUUAGAUCAUAUCUAUACUCACGAAGAUGUUGUGGCAGCCCACUACCACCCGUGGGGUUUCCUGCCCCUUUCGCAGGGCAUGUGUCAGUCCCUGUUCGAGGAGCUCCUGCUCCUCCUGCAGCCGCUGUCCCUGCUGCCCUUUGACCUGGACCUCCUGUUCGAGCCGCACCUCCUGCAGAAGGGCCAGGAGCACCUCCGCCGCAAGGAGCAGCUGUGCUCCUCCGGCCAGGGCCUCGACCAGUCGGCUCGCUCCACCUUCCAGCUGAUGCAAGGAAGAGGUGUGACAGGGCCAGAGCCAAUCAGCGAGGAGGAGGCAGGGACGGAGGCGGGGCAUCCCAGGGAGGGGCUGCGACCGAGAACGAGGGGCGGUGCACCAAAGAGAUGCUCAUCGGAACCCCGGCGCCUGGGAGCGGCAAGCCAGGAGCCAGCAGCGGCUAAACCGGCGGCUAAUGACGACAUGGAUCUUUGGAGAUGCAGAGAAGCAAGCCGGAGAGGGGGGGCAAGACACGGGGAGCGGGUGAAGGGAGUCGGGGGAGAGUGGCCAGGGGCAGACCCCUCCUCGCAGGCGGCAGCGGUGGCACUGGUUGGCGCGACCGACGGGUCCAGACAGAAAAGCAGGCAGGCGGGCUGGUGGUAUCAGCUCAUGCAGAGCUCACAGGUCUACAUCGACAACUCCACGGAGGGCUCCAAGUUUGUCAAGUGGGAGAAGAGGAAGAAGUCCAGCGGGGACGGCCGCAGACAGAGCCACCCGCCGCCCCGAGAGGGGGUAGUGGAGGGGGCUGAGGCCAAUCAGGGGCCGGAGGAAGGGCGUAGAAAGGGCAACAGGAGUAGCAGCAGCAGCAGCAACAGCAACAGCAGUGGCAGCAGCAGCCAGUCCACGUGUACUUCCACCGCCUCCAGCAGAGCGACCAAAGCCAAGUCUACAUGGAUGGGCACUCCGCCCGAGUCGGUGUUAUUCGAGUUGAAGAAGAGUCAGCAGGAGGAGCCGGAGGUGCCGCAGGCCCCGGCCGCCCCCCCAGCGGGAGCAGCAGAGGAGAGCCCAGCCCAGGGGAUGCGCUGGGGGAGGCUGUUUGGAGCCGGGGCCACCACGAGGACAGAGAGGGCAGAGCAGAGAGCCACCAGGUGUCCAAAGAACAGACUGCCAUCUGGUUGGCUCAGUUUGGUGGCCCAGACGGUUGGUACAGCGAGACAAGCAGACGCUCCGGCAGACCGGCCCUCUGCGUCUCACGGUGAAAAACGCUCUGCAACGCAGCAAGCACAAGCACAAGCACCAUCUGUGGAACAGAAAGCUUCAUGUGAGGUGCGGGCUCUCUGCCAUCAUGUGGCGUCUGAGCCCGGUCACCUGAGCUUCUGCAAGGGUGAUGUGAUGCAGGUCCUGAGCCGGGCCGACUCCGACUGGCUAGUGUGCUCCCUGGGGGAGACCCGGGGCCUGGUGCCCAUCAUCUACGUCACCCUGAGGGACGAGAGCCAGAGCCAGGGGCCACAGCUGACUCACUGAGGCUCUAUGGCUAUGGCUGUGGGCUGAUGUGGAUGAGGACCAUGGAGAGGAAAGGAUGGGGCAUCCAUACACACACACACACACACGCAGACACGGACACAGACACACUGGAGUGCUACAGAGGGGAAGAAAAGUGUGCGCUCACUAUGGUCGAAGCACCAUUGCUGUUAUGGGAAAAUACACGCAUGUACACACACAGGCAUACACACAAACUCAAACACACACACACACACACACGCAUGCACAUACACAAACACAAACACCAACCCAUGAACACACACAGUAUUGAAUUAUGUAUAACAUACACUUACUGACCAGAGAGGAAGCAUUGGUCUGUGGUUCAUCUGUGGAUGUGCGAUGCGAGGCCAAGCACAUUUCACAAAGGACAUUUACAUUGGUGUCAUGCUUUGUCAUGCCAUGCUGCGUGUAAAAAAAAAAAAAAACGUCCCUUGCUUUGCCACUUCCCUGGUGUGCCACCGUCUGAAAUCUGACAACAGUCAACUCAUCAUUAACCAGGACUUACUGCAGUAAGAAGUGCAGAACAUUGAGGGUGCAUAGCGACGCAUCCGUCGUGAGGUGUAAAAUAGAGACUUUUGAUUGAGUGUAUAGAUUGACUGUGGAACCCUGUUUGGGGUGAAAGAAAGCCUUCAAGUUAUUAUGGACUGUAUAUUUGAUUGAACUCAACUCUAAAAAUGUAGAUGCAUAACAUUUUGUGACUGUCAAAGUGUCUGUGCAUUGAUGUCUCUCAGAGGAUUUAGCCACAUCACUGGGUCUCCCUCCAUGCAUGCCAGAGCCAUGAAGGGAUUAACAGCCAAGCUGGGAUAAAAACUACCGUUGAUGGGCAAUGUUGACAUUAUUUCAGUUGAGCUAUUUGAAAGUGCUAGGCUAGUUCUGGUGAGUACAUCGGUUAUGAGUCAGGCCGUGAGAAAAAACACACACAUACAUGGACAUUAUGUCAUUUUCAUCAUACAAAAACAAGGUAGCAAACAGACCACACCUCCUCUGCCUUAAGACGACCGGACUCCCCUACCUUAUUCAUUUGUGGUCCCCAUGGCAACAUUUCUUUUCGGCAGACUGGAGAAGAGCCCUCAUUGGACAGAUGGAUACAAGCCCCUCCUCAUACUCCCACUGCCACCUCAUCUAAGGGUGACUGUCGUGUGGAGCGUUGUAUCCGUGGAUACGGUGUAGAUUUUUUUUAAUGCAUGUGAUCCGACGCCAACAUUGUUUCCCUGAUGCUUGUACCCGUCUUGCACCCCUCAGACUCACGGCACCACAACAUGGAGAGAGUAGAGAUGGAAGACAUUCGGUCAUUAAUGACGGAACUGCUAAAACAGAGAAGCUUUGCUAGCGUAGAAAGCAGUAUUUGUUUAUUGUUAUUGGAUAUGACGGUUUUGUUGUUUUACUAUUUAUUUGACCUGGCGAGAUGUUCGUGAAACGCUCUGUGUGAGGAAGCUGCACUUGACCACACCUCUCGAUGUCGACGGAAGCCAGCAGCUCUGGUGAUGGUCAGAGUGUCUGGACCUUGCCAAUGUCAAGCACAUUUUAUUUUAUUACAACCAGUCACAUUCGCCAUUUCAUCCAAAAGGAUGUUGUUUCUUUAUUUUCAUUGCAGUGGUAGAAGAAAUAGUCCAUGUAUAGUCCAUAGUAUGAGUAUCAUGCUUGUGACAGUGGGUCUGUACCAAUGACUGGACUUUUUACAGUCAUAGUUCUGUACAGUAUAUGGAUCCAGUUGGUGGCUAAAGUGGCUAAAUGGUGGCUAAAUGAACAUUGAGAGAUUAUGAGAGAUUUAUUUUUUGUAGUUCUGUUUGUUUGUUACCCUGCUUUUAUGUUGCCACCGCACCCUGAGAAUGAACAGAGAGAGAAACAGAGAUUAUGAGUGGACAAGUGCCAGUAGGGAAGAUGUAUGCCACAUUUAAGUGGUGCUUCAUUGAGCAUUUAUGAUCCAUUUUUAAAUAUGUACAUUGACUUGAUUGCAUUGAGUGGCCUUAGAUAUGGAAUGUGUCUCUAUUUCUGAUGAAACAGGAAGAAUGGUUUGUCACAACUUAGUGAUUCAUGGGGUGGAGUUCAGUCGUUCUGCAGACAAGAAGCUCGACCAGAUGCUAAGCUAAUAUAAGUAUAUAUACUAAUAUAUGUGACGAAGUUAAACCACAUUGAGUUAACAGUUAUUUAAUUUAAUUGUUUUUGUCGUUGUACAGUUAUAUUAUUUUUAUAUAUUUUUAGUACGAACAUAAUUUAAUUUGCUGUUGUUGUAAAUGUGUUAUGUUUUUUUCUUCAUGCGUUUAAAAAGUGAGAGCACCUCUAUGGACAUUGCUAAUGUUACUAAUAAUUUAUAACAAAACACUAAUGACAUCACCCAAUGUGUGUAUCAUGUGAUUGUCUUCAAAUCCGAAGGGGUUGGAGUCUGAUAGAUGGUUUGGCUGAAUGGAGAUUUUCUUUGGUGUCUCUCUCUCACUGGCUGACGUGUCGGCCGAAGCCUCGCUAGAGCUGUAUCCCUUUGUCUUCCAGGCACGCUUCACUGUUCAUCCACAUCCUUUAGGCCGACGUGUCACACAGAUAAUGUUGCUAAACGUGGUAGCAGUCGUAGUGGAGAGGCAGAAGAAUGAACGAGCGAGAGAGAGAGAGGAAAUGUGUGGGGGAGAAAAACAGAGGAAGAAUACGACUGGGUGACGAAAGUGAAUUUUCAGAGGAAGAGAAAAAAGAAAGAGAGGAUGUGAUUGAAAGGCUCUUUGGUAUCUUUUGGAGGCCUGUGACAAUACAGAUUGACAAAAUUCAUGAAACCACUGAAGCUUUUGAGAUCUGGUCUAAAGAAAAGCGCGUUAGUGCCUUUUUGUUUCAACACAAGUGUCCUCCUGCGAGGACAAAGAAUAUUGCAUGUGGAUUGGCCACUUCACUUUAGAGUGAAGAAUAUGUUUUUAGGCGGAAAGCUGGUAGUCCAUAGGAAAGGUUAGAAGAAUGAGAAUUUCCUCCCUCUCUCCUGUUUUGUUUUUUGCCUAAUUAGUUUCUAUCGCUCCAGCUUGUACAUACCUGUACCUCAAGUGGCACCUCUGUUCUUUCCCUGACCAUGCUGUAUGACGUCUGAUGGAAUUACCAACAUAAUAUGGAUAUUAAUAACAAAGUGCUCAUGUGGACACAGUUA